GCAUUUUGCCUCCAAGGUAGCACAACGAACAUGAGCAAGCUCGAUCGCGCGGUCUACGACAAGUACAUGGAGCUCGACACGGGCAGCUUCAUCCAGGCCGAGUACGUCUGGGUCGGCGGCUCCGGCGAAGACCUCCGCUGCAAGACGCGCACGCUCGAAAAGUACCCGGCCUCGGUCGCCGACCUCCCGAUCUGGAACUUUGACGGCUCGAGCACGGGCCAGGCGCCGGGUGCGGACUCGGAAGUCAUGCUCAAGCCCGCCGCCAUCUACAAGGACCCGUUCCGCCGCGGCAACCACAUCCUCGUCAUGUGCGACUGCUACAAGCCCGACAUGACGCCGAUCCCGUCCAACACGCGCUUUGACGCCGCCCGCGUCAUGAAGGCGUGCGAGAAGGAGGUCCCGUGGUUCGGCAUCGAGCAGGAGUACACGCUCUUUGAGGCCGACAAGGUCACGCCGUACGGCUGGCCCGUCGGCGGCUUCCCGGGUCCCCAGGGUCCGUACUACUGCGGCGCCGGCGCGCACUCGGCGUUUGGCCGCCUCAUCGCCGACGCGCACUACCGCGCGUGCUUGUACGCUGGCAUUCGCGUCUCGGGCAUCAACGCCGAGGUCAUGCCCGGUCAGUGGGAGUACCAGGUCGGUCCCUGCACGGGCAUUGAGGCCGGUGACCAGAUGUGGAUCUCGCGCUACAUCCUCCUCCGCGUCUGCGAAGACUUUGGCGUCAUCGUGUCGUUUGACCCGAAGCCGAUUCCGGGCGACUGGAACGGCGCCGGCUGCCACACCAACGUGUCGACUAAGGCGAUGCGCGAAGACGGCGGCAUGGUCAAGAUCAUCGAAGCGCUCGAGAAGCUCAAGUUGAAGCACAAGGUGCACAUUGCCGCGUACGGCACAGGCAACGAGCGCCGCCUCACGGGCCGCCACGAGACCGCGUCGAUCGACCAGUUCUCGUACGGUGUCGCCAACCGCGGCGCGUCGAUCCGCAUUCCGCGCCAGGCCGAGUCCGACGGCAAGGGCUACUUUGAGGACCGCCGCCCGGCCUCCAACAUGGACCCGUACGUCGUCACAGGCCGCAUCAUGAAGACCAUCUCGCUCAACGAAGCGUAAGCAUGUGUAGUAGUACGUUAGUAAGAAGAAUCGAAUCAUCCUCCGUCCCUAAUACCCAUCGUCGCCUCGG